UGUGAUUAUUAUUUUUAACAACCAAUGUCAAUAAAUGAUUCUUUUAGUAAUUUAAAUAUGAGUUUAAAUGAUGAAGGAUAUCAUAUUUUUAAAUUUAAUGCUGGAAGUAUGGAAGAAAUCGAGUAUAUUGACAUAAUAAUAGCCGCGGUUAGGAUUAAGAUCCCCCGGAUAAUACACGAGUGUUUCCAACAUAUUUUGGAGCACGGGAGUACCAUAGAAGGGAUUUUUCGAAUAAACGGCAGCAUUAAAAGAAUAAACCAAUUAUAUAAUCAUUUAAUACUACAUAAGAAAAUUGAGGAUUUUGCAGAAAUCUAUAGUAUUCAUGAUGUGUGUGGAGUAUUGAAAAAAUAUAUGAAGAACUACUUGAGCUCGAUAAACGAGAUAUUCACCAGUAAACAAAUUGAACAAAUUAAAAAAAUGAGUGAAGUGGUGGAAGAUAGUCAAAGUGUGCAAAGUUUUAAAACCGCUAAAGAAGAAGAAACGAAUGAAACAAUUGAUAAGUUUCUCAAUUACAUUAAUAAUUAUAAUUUAAGGUAUAAAAAUGAUUUUCUAAUUUAUUCAAUAUAUCAACUAAAUAAAUUGCAAUCAAUUGAAACAAAAAUGACCAAUUAUAAUUAUUCAAUAAUAUUCCAACCGUAUCUUUUCCCAACGUGCAACUUGAAUAAUUUGAUUUUCUGUCAAGAAUAUUUAUUCUACUUGAUGAAUAAUUUCAAUUAUUUAAUUAAAAACUACUCAAAUCGAGAAAUUAAAAAAAAUCGUUUUAGUCAAUUUAUGGAUUUCUAUAACACUCCUACAAAUAAACGAUUAUCUAAUCCGUUUCAUAAAUCAACGGAUUUGCUUAUCGAUCAAUUGAAAUACGAAGAUCAAACCUCUUUACAAAGUUUAGAUAAAUCUAGAAACAGUUCUUAUUCAAAAAGUUCAACUUCAAAUUUUGAUUCAAUCUUGUCGCCGAAAAACGAUUCAAUCUUGUCAAACCCGAAAAACGAUUCAAUCUUGUCAAACCCGAAAAACGAUUCCACCGUUUCAGUAGGUGAACUGAAAAAAUCAAAAAGAAGAAGUUUUAUAAAUUUUUUCAAUAAAAACCUCUCGAUUGAUGAUCUAUUAAUAACGAAUCAUGAUUCAAACCUAAUUGAUCAUAAUCAAAAGGAUAACUUAUUGAAGAGAAACUUUUCUUUAAGAGUUAAAUCAAGAAGGUAACGAUAACGACGUGUAUUAUAAUAU